AUGCGGCUCUCUCCUUGUGCCGUGGUGCUUUUGGGGCUCCUGGGGGUCCUGCGCCGCGUUGGUGCCUCAGGUCUUCUUGAGCUCUCCUUGGGAAAAUUCAGAAAUGUGCUACUUAACCAGACCAAUCCAGUGGAAGCCGUAAUCAGGAACAUUGCAAGCAAUGUGACAGUCGUUAUUUUUCAAGUACAUGCCCAGCAAAGUGAUGUGGUGAUAUCCUUCGAUAAGAAUCCAUCUGUGAACAGCUCGGGAACCGGAGUAGACAAAGGACUGGUUUCCAUCCUUCGGCCCCAGCAGACUGUAUGCACGUGGUACCUCCGGUCGCUGGAUGCUAGCCAGGUGCUCAGCACAGCUCUCUCCAUUCCCUAUAUGGAGAAAGAUCCUAUUCCUGGAGGCUGCAAUCUAGAAUUUGACUUGGAAGUGGAUCCAAAUAUUUACCUAGACUAUACAUUGGUUGAUAUACACAUCAAGUUUGCCCCUGCCAAUUUGGGAUAUAUGAGAGGAGCAAACCCACCAUCCUGCGAUUCGGGGACCGGUCAGAAUUCCAGGUGGCGGCUGCACUAUGAUGUCUACCAGUACUUCUUACCAGAGAACGAUCUUUCCGAGAUGAUGCUCAUGAGCCACAUACGGAAGAUGUCUGAGGUGCAAAGUAUCAGAGCUAAUGGCAUUAAAAUGCUUUCGCUGACAGCUGAUGACAAGACCAAUGUCUACUUCUCCUCGCUUCCUGGGCAAGGUGUGAUCUACAACGUCAUAGUGUGGGAUCCUCUUUGGAAUACUUCUGCUGCGUACAUACCUGUGCAUACAUAUGCCUGCAGCUUGACUGACCUGGUGGAUAACUGCUCUUCUCUCAGCAAACUCUCUACCAAAGUCGUCUUCACUGCUUUUGGUGUUCUUGGUCUCUUUGCUUGCUUUUUUGGACACAGAUUCUGGAAAACAGACUUGUUCUUCAUGGGCUUCAUAGUCUCAGGAUUCUUCUUCUUUGUAUUCGUUACAAGGGUAACUGGCCUCGGUUAUGAUGUGCGUCUUAUUUUGACAGCAGUAGCUGGAAUUACUGGAGGGCUUUUCCUGGUUGCAAGCUGGUGGAGAUUUGGCUCUGUCCUACUCUGCAUGUUCAUUAUUGGACUUGUGCUGGGUUUUCUCUUUUCAUCAACCGUCUUCUUUACUCCACUAGGAGACUACAAGGUCUUCCGUGACGAUGUUGUGUUCUGGGUGACCUUUUCUUCGGCAGCCUUGAUGAUUCCAGUGCUUUUUGUUGGCUGUCCGAGAAUUCUGAACAUACUGGCCUCUGGAAUAGUAGGCUCUUACGCGGUGAUCCUAGCUAUUGCUUGUUAUGUUUACACAAGUCUUGCUUACAUCACCUUAGACCUGCUCAGAAGGGUCCUCAAUGAUUACUUCAGCAGAGCUUACACCAACGUGCCUUUUCAAACAAAUGACUUCAUUGUCCUGUCAGUGUGGGCAAUGCUGGCCAUCAGCGGAAUAACUGUGCAGCUUCGCAGAGAGAGGAGCGAAGUGCCCUUCCCACCACACCCCUAUCUCACCUGGAAGCGGGAAAGGGAGCGCAGAAGCACCAACGUCUUGGACCCUAGCCACCAUAUCCCUCCCCUGAGAGAGAGGAUCCAUAACAAGCUGCUGCACAUCAAAGAGUUUUUUCAGAAGGAGCAGCCGGCUGGGGAGAGAACUCCGUUGCUUCUGUAA